AUGAAUUCCAAUCAAACAAUUUAGUAGGAGUCAAAUCAUUAUCUUCAUCAGGUUCUUGAGAAAGAUUCAAACAAUAAUAUGCAGUUAGAGGGCAACUUUAAUAUAGAAGAAGAAGUAGCAAACAAGAACUCGAUUGAAGGUUAAGAUGAUGAUGAAGAAGCUGCUAUUGUCAAACAAAAUAAUAUUCAGCUCCAAAAUCAUAAAUCCUAACAAAUUUCUUAGAGAGACUACAAUUAAGAAAGAUUCUCAGCAAGUUGCAAUCUUCCUAUUUAAAAUAGUAAAUUUAUGUAAUCAAUGUCAGCGCAAAAUAGUGAUUCAACUCAAAUCCCUUUUGUUGAAAGAGAGCAUUAGUCAUCUAUUGAAAAUAGCAUUUGUCAAACAUUUGUCACAUUUUAGGAGAGACCAAGGUCUGAUUCACAGAAUCUGCAAGUGUUCAAUCAAAAAAAUAAAUCUUUAGGCAAUUAAUAGAUGCAUAAUUAUAACGUAUCAACUAUGAAUAAUGAGAUAUUGUCAUAAUAAUGGAGAGGAUUUUAAGAAAACAUAACCUAAAAUUCCUUUGAGAUAAAUUCAACAAAUUAAUUUACAGAAAAAAAUACUAACAAAAAUAAUUUAAGUGGAUAGGAUUCUAUGGAAGACGAAACUUCCAGUUUGUCUAAUUCACAACCAGCCAAAAAACAAAAGAAAGCAAUUAGCAAGGUGAGCAACGGUUCUCCUUAGUCAGGUAGCUUACAAUCUAGCUUUUAAAAGAUUGUAAAUAGAAAAAAAUCAAACACAAUAAACACUUCAAUCUUUUCAACUGCUUCAUAGAAAAAAGAGAGAAUUUAAUAUCAACAAAUUUAAAAAGAAAUGCUUAACUUCAACAAUUCAGACAUCAUAAACCAUUAAUUAAACAAGCUAGAAGAAAAUACCGCCAAUAGUAAUAACAAUAACAAUAAUGGUAAUAAUAAUAAUAUUAUGAAUAAUAGCGAAACAAGUGAAAAUGAUAUUAAUGAAGAAGGAUAAAUAAGCGUUGAUAAAAAUAGUAAUAACAUCAGCAAUCAUUUGAAAAGAGGUAAUAACGAGGCAAAUCUUUUGGAUAACAAAAAUUUAAAUCAAUAGCAAUCAAUUGGACAAAAUAAUGAAAAUUAAUCCAAAAAAGUGAGAUUUACUGCAGAAGAAGAUGAAGCUCUCAUAAAGCUGAUUUAAAUCCAUGGCAAAAAAUGGAAAGUAAUUUCUGAAUUGAUGGAUGGAAAAAAUGAAACAAGAAUAAGAAAUAGGUAUUAUUCGUACAUAAGGAAAAUUUUAAAACCAGGAGAAGUUACACCAACUUUAGCUGCAAAUAAUUAGCAAUAGGAAGAAUAUGCAUUUGAUCAAAUUAAUUUAAUAGAAGGAGUAAAUGAACAAAAUAACCCAGAAUCAUUUCAGGAAUAACAACUUAACCUAAAAAAUAGUAUUCAAGUUUAAAAUGGAGGAAAAAAUAUUAAUGGAAGAUAAGGAUUGAAUAAUCAUGAAGAAAAUAACAACAACAAAAUUGAUAAUAUUUAAAUUGAAUAAUAAGAUUAAAAAUUGAUUGAGAAUCAUAAUGAUUAAUAUAAUAAUUUGUAAUAAUCUAUUUAAUAAAAUGCUCAACCAUUUUUUAAUUCUACACUUUUUGAGUCGCUCAAUGCUCUAACUCUUAACAAUUUCGAUAAGAACUUCAACUCGGCUCUUUAUGAUGGUAAUUUUAUGGAUAAUUAAAACUACCAUAAUAACUUUUAGUCAAAUCCAUAAGAUUCUCUUCUUGUUUAAAGUUACAAUUAGCUUUGUUAGUUUCCUUUUAGUUCUAAUAAUUUAAAUUUUGAUUAUUUAAACAAUAAAAUACCCAGUUUUAAAUUUAUCAAUGGAUUCGAAGGAUCGCUCGCUAAUCUUGACGCUAAUUAGACGAACUUCAGCAAAUCAUAUUUGUACAACUAGAAAAGUAGCUUACAAGACUUUGAGGUAAUAGAUGCUGAAGAUUUCAACUAGAAAUUUUAUAGAGCAGGUAAAGAAAGCCAUCCAAUUUUCAACUCAAAUCCUGCAUUCUAAGACGAAGAAAAUUUAAACUAAUAAAAUUAGUAAGCCCAUAACAAUAAUAAUAAUUAAAAAUCAGAAAAUAUGAUGCAAAAUUUCUGUCCGAAUAGAAUUCUCAGAUCUCUAAACGAAAAAAAUCACUAUUAAGAAGAACCUUCGCCCUUAAUUUUUGCCAAAGCUUAAAAAAAAUAUGACCCAAAAAGAUUUGCAAAUAUAAAUCCUGACUAGGCUUUCCAAAAUUAAAAUCCAGUAUCUCACUUUUCAAUGGAAGAGGAAAUGGAUGAAGAUUAUGCCAACAAACAAACAAGACCUCUCUACAACUAAAAUGAUGAAAGAAGAGCUUACAUGAGCAUGAGCGAUAAUGAAAAAAUAUAAAAAAUAAUGUAUUUAAAUUCACAAGUUGAAAAUAUUCAAACUUUAAUUUAAUAGUGCAAACAACAAAUCCUUAAUGAAAUCAUCAGCAAGAAUUAAAGCAACGUUUGA